CUUAUAACUCUCUGCCGCACGUCAGCCUCGCAAUAUACGACUUUUUGUUGUGGGGCCCGGCCGUCGCUCGCCCUGACGCUCGCCCGCCUCGCGUUGAUGCUUCGCGCUGGGCAUCGGGGCGUGAUGUGACUGGAGUUCAACCGUGGGCUUUCCUAACCGGGACGGAAUUCGAGAAUUGACAAGGUGGACCGCAACGAUGUUCGCUUUUCAAAAAUCUCGCUCGUUCGGCUUCGGACCUUGCGGGAUCACUAGAGGGGGUGAAUAUAAAGCGAGUUACCGCGGGAUUUCGCGCGAUUCGGCCUUGGACUCGUGCUAUGGCCUGCUCAGCUGCCCGAUCUCGGAGGUAAGCGUGACAUGGGGGGUCGGGCGAGACUCACUACAGCUAUCGCUGUCAUUCAAGCGCGAGGUGGUAGUGCUCCUCCUGCUCUAUCUCUGUGCUACUUCUCUUGUAUUCAGCUAGCAGACUGCCUCUCCUACGGUUUUUCUUCCCUCAAAGCACAUGACUUGCC